AUGGCGUCGCAAGGACGCGGCGGAGGACUUGAAGGUCCAGGUCAGAACUACCGGACCAAGCCUUGCCACCACUUUAAAAGAGUGGAAAGCCAUAUGACUACACCAGCCCCUGUCGCCAAAACAGAUCCACGCAAGCGAUACAUGGCCUGGAAAGGCAUGGUUCGUAAACCACCUCCCAGUUUUCAGACUACAUCAGGUGCAAAGGAAUGUCACAAGUUCUGGAAAAGAGCUCUCGAACUCUUGGACGAAGAUAACUCGGAACAGCACCAAGAUGUCGCUCGUGAUCUUGUCAACGAUGAUUAUCACGGUCUGCAGUUUAUUGUCGACACUGCUGAGAAUGGUUCCUCUGACGCCAAAGAGAACUUGCCCACGUCUUAUGCAUUUAUCCAGGUCAUAGCUCACAAGAGCCUGAUGGACUCGCUAUCUAUCGAGGCCUGUGUUGGAACCAUCUUUACUGUCUUUGCUGGCAUGAAUGGAGAACGAGGUAUCGGCCUCUUUAGUUCCAUGUGCGAACAAGCUCUCGAAAGCACUGAACUAUUUUCCGAGCUACUUGGGACAACCACUCAGGCCGCCCUCCGAGUAAUGAUCGCAGCGCUGUCACAACUUCUUAACAAAGUACCCCGAGCACAGUUUUGUGACGAACUACCUGGCCUCAUGGGACAGGUAGACAGGCUAAUUGCUAUGAUCGCCGAGGACACUUCUCCGAAAGAGCUUGACGAGGUUUCGACUCACUUCAGAUUGGUAAAGAGAUUGGUCAAUGCUGCUCAUGAGCGUCUUGCUUCAAGCGAGAACUCUUCCGACAAUUCACGGAACCUCAAGGCUAUCGCAUCUACAUUUCCCAAAGAAUUGGAAAUUCCUGGAGGCAGACACGACAACGACUUUGCUGAUAUCGGCAAGAUUGCCAUCUUGCCAACAUAUGAAGAAGUCACCAGCGAGCAGGCAGAGUACCUACCGUCUACCAACUUUACGGAGCCUCAUGUGCUGGGGGAUCCUUUGCAGCGACACAUCGAUUCCAUGUUUCGACUAGUCCGACAUGAUAUUCUCGGUCCUGUCAAAGAUAUCCUACGCGACCUUCUCCAGUCUGAAGAUUUGCUGAAUGGGCGUCUUUCCAAUCCCGACCCGCAGGCACAAAUUUAUGUGGAAUCACGUAUCGAAGACCUUGUCAGCAGCAAGAAGCACGGCACUGAAGCUGUGCUAUCUUUUGAACCACCUCGUCAAAUUCUCGACAAGACACAGGAGCAGCAAAAGGCAUGGUGGAAGGCAUCCUCUCGCUUGGGUCAAGGUACUUUGGUGUGCUUUGUUUCUCCCACGCCUGGUCGCACGAGUUUGCUUUUCUUACAAGUCACUUGUAAAAGCACAAGCCGCAGCGACCUCAAGGAGAACGAAGAGCGAACCAGCAACAUUGCUCCAUUGCAGGGUUUACCCAGCAUUACCGUCAAGCUUGUGAAUCACAACCGAGACGACUUACUUUUGCUGGCUAAACUGUACACAACCAAGGCUCUGGGUGUACUUGUCGAUUUCAACGGCGUGAUUCUCGAUACUUUCGUGCCCAUUCUCAAGAACCUCCAGACUAUGAAACGCGAGAACCAGAUAGCGUUUCAACAAUGGAUUCUUCCUAGUGCAGCCGAAGAUCGAAGCGUCACUACACCAGCGUAUGCGCGCAGGCUUGAUUUUACCUUUUCCCUGAGGACCAUUGCAAAAGACAAAGCGACUGAUCUUGCUCUCGAUCCAGAGCUCCCGGAGAACCUAGAUAUCGAGGAGUUGGAACGCGCGACAGGUUUAGAUCAAGGACAAUGUCAUGGUUUGAUCGGGGCACUUACUCGUGAAUACGCGCUUAUUCAAGGCCCCCCUGGAACUGGAAAGUCGUACCUCGGCGUUCAACUGCUCAGAGUUCUUUUGGCUGCGAAGCAGAAAGCUCACCUGGGUCCCAUCGUUAUCAUCUGCUACACGAACCACGCACUGGAUCAAUUUCUCAAGCAUCUCCUCGAAGUUGGGAUCUCUCGCAUCAUUCGAAUCGGUGGUCGCAGCGCUGCCCCAGAGCUCGAUGGAUUAAAUCUUCGAGUAGUCGGUCAAGAUACAGCAAGGACAGUCACUGAGCGGAUGAACCUUGCCGCGUCAUUUCGCCAACUCGAGAUGAGUUCGCGCACCGCAUCAGAAGCCGCGACAUCUCUCUACCUUGCAAGAAAUGGACGUAGAUGGGACUUUCUCAAAGAGUUCUUGAAUUCUUGGACGAGUGGUUGA